UUUGACAUAAACAGCGAUGGUUACAUAAGAACAACACAAGAGCUUGAUCGAGAGAUCGAGAACGAAUAUGAACUGAAGGUUGUCGGUAAUGCUCAUCACUAUCGUACUAUCCCGCAAACUACAGUCCACAUAAGAGUCUUGAACAUAAACGACAAUGUGCCUGCUCUUGCUCCGAUGCGUCCUCGCAAGAUUUCCGAAGCAGCACAAGUUGGUACCUUAAUAGCAACAGUAAGAGCCACUGACGUGGAUGUGGACACUCAACUCGAAUAUUCAAUCAAUCCGCCAAAUCCGUUGUUCAUGAUUAAUCGUCUCACUGGGACGAUUCAUUUAGCGUCACCGCUCGAUUAUGAAACAACGCAAGAGCAUCGAUUACCGAUUCAGGUAACCGAUGGUGAGAAUAUUUCCAAAUCGACACUGGUUGUAGUGGUGCUUGAUGAGAAUGAUAAUGCGCCUAAGUUCGAUAAGGAUUUCUAUGAUGUUACCGUACCGCAAAAUUUGGCUAUCGGAAGCGCAAUUACCAAAAUGACAGCAAGAGACGUGGACUCGGGCUUGGCCGGUCAGGUUUACUACAAUAUAUCAACAACUAGCGAUCGCUUCCAAAUGGACAGUCAAUCUGGUGUGUUAAAACUUAAAUCGCGAUUGGCUUUCGGAAGUGUGCAUUACGUGAAAGUGCAGGCGUUCGAUUAUGGCUUACCGCAGAUGAGUGCCGCAGUGACUUUACGAAUUUCGGUGAACGACUCAGCGAAUAGGGUUCAAGCAAAAUUCAACAAGAAAUCUUACAGUUUUUCGAUUCCUGAAAAUACAUCAGCAAAUGUGCGUAUUGGAAAUAUUCGUGCAUCCAUAAUGCCGGAUGCAAAAUUCGACUAUCGAAUCAUCGAACCGGAAUGUGCGCGAUUGGUUCGAAUCGAUCAUAAUGGGGAUGUGUUCUUGCAACAACAGAUAGAUCGCGAAAAGAAUCAAACGCUGAAAUUUACGGUUGAAGCAUCUUCAAGAAGCUCAUUCGUAAACGCAACAACCAUUGUUCACAUUCAGUUGCUCGAUACAAACGAUAACGUACCGCAAUUCUUCGCAAGCACUGAUAAAAUAAUCGUUAACGAACAUAUGAAACAUGGCGAAUUACUCGUCAGGAUGUCAGCUAGCGAUCGUGAUGCUGGUAAAAACGGUCGUAUUACGUACAGUAUUCUAUCCGGAAAUGAACACGGUAUGUUUCGACUGGACUCCGCGUCUGGUACGAUUGUGUUUGAGCAGUGGAACGAACAAACACUCCUCUUAUCUGAACCUAUUCAAAAACUCGUUGUGGCUGCGCAAGAUCAUGGCAAUCCUUCACGUUGGAAUCAUACCACAAUUUCGGUAUCAAUAGAACGACAGCUAUGGUCAGGCAGUGCACCGUUCUUUGCAUUGCCGUCUUAUCAAGCGAGUGUAUUCGAGAACACUCAAGUUGGUAGUGUUGUGUUGAAGUCGAGAGCCGUAAGUCGCAGUGGUAUAAUCGAACCAGGAUGGGAAUAUACUCUUAAGGACAACGAUGAGGCGUUCGCAUGCAAUCGCACCACUGGAGAUAUUAUAUUGGUGAAGGAGUUGGACUUUGAAACACGCAACGGCUAUCAGUUUUCACUGAUCGUCAAAGAUCAAAGUCGUCGCUCAGCAAUCGUACCGAUUAAUGUAAUCGUGUUGGGUAUCGAUGAAUAUCCACCGAUGUUCAUGAGAAACAAAUACACAUUCCAGAUACCGAGAACAGCUGAAAUAGGUCAGAGGGUUGGAGCAGUGACAGCGACUGAUCAAGACUCCGGUAUUGAUGGUGUGGUUCGGUACGAAAUGGAAGGCGAUGCGCUCCGUUACCUUGGCAUUGAUCCUGAUUCAGGACAGAUUGUUCUCACCAGGGAACUCAGUGAAAAAAUGAAGAAAAACGUAAGCUUCGAUGAGUUUGUUGUGAUCGCAAGUUCAGGAACGAGGCAAUAUUCUCGAGUGAAGGUUUUCAUUGAGAUUGGUGACUUCACUUCAUCGAACGGUCCAAAUGCAAAAGAGUCGUUGAUGAAUGCGAAAAUACUCACGAUCGCCUCACUCGUUCUUCUAUUCGUCCUUUUACUUACACUCGUUGUUAUCAUCAUUCGCAUGCGAAUUCGUGUCUAUAAACAGCGCAAACCCAGAAAACAAGUGUACAGUGUGAGUCGAGGUAACGUUGCUGUUAUGGCUGAUCUUCAUCGGUUAUCACCCAGAUUUGAGUACGAAAAGCAACGUGCCCAUGUACCAACCCCAUCAACUUCGUCGAAUAAUAGACCGUCAUCAUUAUCACUGAGUCGAUGUAGUGAUGAAUCGAUUCGAAUGCGACAAAAAAUGUUUGCGUUUGCACUGUUUUUCACUUAUUUUCAUUUGCAUUUCACCAAAGCAUAG